AUGCCGCCGAAGCGAAAACCACCCGCCGCGCCCAAAGGCCGGCAAUCGAAACUCGCCAAAGAACACAACAUAUCCGCCCAAGAAGAGGGCGAAAUCAAAGAAGCAUGGGGCCUGUUCGCCGAGCCGAUGGACGGGGAGAAGAACGGCGUGCUGCCCAUCGAUGAUGUGAAAUCUGCACUCAUAGCCCUCGGCGUGCCCCCCUCACCAUCUGAACUCGCCGAAUUCACAGCGAUCCUGGACCCCGACGAGGAAGGCUUCGCGACCUACGAGCCCUUCUUCGCGAUAUGCGCGUUGAAAUUCCACGCCCGCGAGCAAAACGACUCGGAUGCCGCGCACAGGGCCCAGGUCGACGAGGCGUAUCGGCUGUUCACAAACGGGACAGAGGGCCCCAUCACGCUGGCCCAUCUGCGGAGGGUGGCGGCCGUGUUGAAGGAGGAGGUGGAUGAGGAGGUGCUCAAGGAUAUGAUUCUGGAGGCGAAUGGGGGUGCGGGCGUUGCGAGGGGCGUGAAGGAGGAUGAGUUUGAUGGGGUGAUGAGGAAUGCGGGUGUUUGGAGGUGA